AUGCCAUUCUUGUUGAAUUCAUUGUUUACAAUUAUAUUUGUCUCACUUACUGCAGAUUGCAAAGAAUUACUUUGUUAUUCGUGUAAUUCACAGUUUGGUUCAUGUGAUGGAAAUGGCUGCAGCACCACUUCUAAUAGUUUUUGCGUUUAUCAGCAAAUAAUCAGUGCUAAUGGUAAUAUCGUAAGGACAAUACGAUCUUGUUUGGAUAUGAAUGUUGUCACAGUUGGUCAAAUUCAUACAGGACAAAUUGGGCAGUGUAUUGAAACAAUUGAUCCAAACACUAAUAUGAAGUAUAGAACUUAUUUAUGCAACAGCCGUAAUUACUGCAACGUGGAUUGCGAUUCACAACGGUCCACGUUUACAGUCAAUCCAGUUACACCAACCCGUAGAGAUGUGUUAGAAUGCUUCAAAUGUAAUAAUUUUGGAACGGAUUGCUAUAGUAAUACCUGUAUGACUAAUCAUGGCGGAUACUGCUUUUUCCAAAUGUUGAAUGUUUCAAUGAAUAGUGUACGUACUCUGCAUUACAAUAAGCAAUGCAUUGAUAUUCCUCUUGCUAAAACACCGGAUGGUAACAGUGUCACUGAAAUUAACAAGUGUGUCAUCAGCACCGAUAUGCUUGGAAAUCAUUUCUAUACAUUAAUCUGUAAUGAAGCCAAUCUAUGCAACGCUAAUUGCAAUUGGAUUCCAGCUGUUUCACCAGCACCUGUUGUACCUGUAGUAUCGAGUUCGUCUUCAGCAUAUUCUAAUGAAACAAUUUUUUUCUAUUACUUUUUGGUAAUUUUUAUAAAUUUCACAAAUAAUUAUCUAAGAUGA